CAGUGUCAAACUGUGUUCUGUGUUUGUAAUUAUGUAUUUGUGUUGUUCCCUGAGUAGCCACCAGAUGUCUCUUGUCUUCACUGCCACAUGUGUCAUGAACUGCAUAUCCCAUAAUCCUGUCUGUCAUCAUUGAUCAUUGUUUUCAGCUGUUCCCACUCACCUUGUUAGUGUUGUGUAUUUAAGCCCUGUCUGUUCAGUCUUUGUUGUGGAUUCCUUGUUAUAUGUUACAUCGCCUUCUGUGUCUGUAUUUUGGAUUAUUGUUUGGACUGCGUUUAUGGAUAUUGACCUUUUGCCUGCACGGAUUAUGAUUUUGGAUCACCCCUAAUAAACUGCUUUUGGAUCUUACUUUUCGUGUGUGCGAGUCGUGACAGAAGGAAUCCACCAUGAAAAGAUCCAGCGGAUUGGGGAUCCGGAUCAGUCCGCCCGCUACUGCUAGGGAGAGAGUCGGGCGGAUAAGCAACAUAAGGGCCCUACGCCAGCAGGGUCAGCCGGUGGGUUGUCUGGCCCAAAGUUUUUGGACCUUGUCUCGCGGCCUGGGCUAUAAUGAUGCAGCUUUGAAGGACCUGUUUAAUUCCUGCCUGGAUGACCCUUUACCUAGGUGGGAGAUGAAUGGACUGGAAAUUUUGGAUUUCUGGGGGUUCACCCGUUACUUAGAGCAUCGUAGCCAGUGGGAUAGUCCAGCCACACCUGCGAUGCCAGACAAGAUGGCCACCACCAAGCCAGCAGCAGUUCCUAAGGUGGCUGUCUACAAGGCUGCACCUAUUUUCGAGACUGCCACUACUAUACCCGCACCUGUUCAUCAGAGGGUCACGGUGGUAGAGGGGACUGUUUUCGACAGAGCUGUGUCCAUGCCGGCACCCGUUCUCAAGAUGGCCGCCACUAAGCCAGCAGCUGUUCCCAAGAUGGCCGUCACAAUGCCUACACCUACGUUUGAGACCGCCACGGUGAUACCGGCCUUUGCGUACCAGAGGGCCGUUGUCUCACAGUCACCUGCUCUCAGGAGAGCCAUCUUCACACCCGCACCUGUGCUCAGAGAGGCACCUGAGGUAUGUUCUUUAGACUCAGUGCUUUCCGUGUUUGCCAUGGCCCUGUGGUGCGGGUGGUCUGUCUUCUGUUUUGUUGUUCAGCACGACGCUGAGCCGAGUGAGUCAUCUGAGCCGAGUGAGUCAUCUGAGCCGAGUGAGUCAUCUGAGCCGAGUGAGUCAUCUGAGCCGAGUGAGUCAUCUGAGCCGAGUGAGUCAUCUGAGCCGAGUGAGUCAUCUGAGCCGAGUGAGUCAUCUGAGCCGAGUGAGUCAUCUGAGCCGAGUGAGUCAUCUGAGCCGAGUGAGUCAUCUGAGCCGAGUGAGUCAUCUGAGCCGAGUGAGUCAUCUGAGCCGAGUGAGUCAUCUGAGCCGAGUGCUGAACUUUCGGCCUGUUACAAGAUGGCGGUUCCCAAGCUCCCUGCCCACACUGCCUGGUCCAAGAUGGCUAGUUUCGAACUCUCUGCCCUAUUUAACCUGGCCCAGAGGGCCUCUUUCUAUUGUCUCCCUCUACCCAGGUUCCUGAAACCACCAGUACCACCCUGGGUUCCGGUCCAGCCGGCUCCGCCCAGGUUUCCUGCCCUGUUUUGGUCCCUGCCUCCGCCCGCGGCUCCGCCCUGGCUCCAGCCUCCGCCCGCGGCUCCGCCCUGGCUCCAGCCUCCGCCCGCGGCUCCGCCCUGGCUCCAGCCUCCGCCCGCGGCUCCGCCCUGGCUCCAGCCAACGCCCGCGGCUCCGCCCUGGCUCCAGCCAACGCCCGCGGCUCCGCCCUGGCUCCAGCCUCCGCCCGCGGACCCGCCCUGGCUCCAGCCUCCGGCCGCGGACCCGCCCUGGCCUCCUUCUCUGCCGGACCCGCCCUGGCCUCCUUCUCUGCCGGACCCGCCCUGGCCUCCUUCUCUGCCGGACCCGCCCUGGCCUCCUUCUCUGCCGGACCCGCCCUGGCCUCCUGCUCUGCCGGACCCGCCCUGGCCUCCUGCUCUGCCGGACCCGCCCUGGCCUCCUGCUCUGCCGGACCCGCCCUGGCCUCCUGCUCUGCCGGACCCGCCCUGGCCUCCUGCUCUGCCGGACCCGCCCUGGCCUCCUGCUCUGCCGGACCCGCCCUGGCCUCCUGCUCUGCCGGACCCGCCCUGGCCUCCUGCUCUGCCGGACCCGCCCUGGGUUCUAGACCCUCCAUCCCUCCCCCAGGUCCACCUCCAUUCCUCCACCCACCUGAACUUUUGUGUUUUGUCGUUUGGAGUGUCUGGAAGCCACUCCUUUAGAGGGGGGUACUGUCACAGUGUCAAACUGUGUUCUGUGUUUGUAAUUAUGUAUUUGUGUUGUUCCCUGAGUAGCCACCAGAUGUCUCUUGUCUUCACUGCCACAUGUGUCAUGAACUGCAUAUCCCAUAAUCCUGUCUGUCAUCAUUGAUCAUUGUUUUCAGCUGUUCCCACUCACCUUGUUAGUGUUGUGUAUUUAAGCCCUGUCUGUUCAGUCUUUGUUGUGGAUUCCUUGUUAUAUGUUACAUCGCCUUCUGUGUCUGUAUUUUGGAUUAUUGUUUGGACUGCGUUUAUGGAUAUUGACCUUUUGCCUGCACGGAUUAUGAUUUUGGAUCACCCCUAAUAAACUGCUUUUGGAUCUUACUUUUCGUGUGUGCGAGUC